UCUUCCGGUCCUCUUUCCAGCUUCCCGUGCAACAUGACUAAGAAAAGGAGGAAUAACGGUCGUGCCAAGAAGGGCCGUGGGCAUGUGCAGCCCAUCCGCUGCACCAACUGUGCCCGCUGUGUCCCCAAGGACAAAGCUAUCAAGAAGUUUGUCAUCAGGAACAUCGUGGAGGCUGCAGCUGUGAGAGACAUCACAGAAGCCAGUGUCUUUGACUCUUAUGUUCUGCCCAAGCUCUAUGUGAAGCUGCAUUACUGUGUUAGCUGUGCCAUCCACAGUAAAGUGGUGAGGAACCGCUCCUGUGAGGCCAGGAAAGACCGUACCCCACCACCCAGAUUCAGGCCUGCUGCUGGCGCACCAAGAGCUCCUCAGAAGCCCAUGUAAAAGAAUUUGAAGAUGCGCUUCACCUGAAUAAAGUGAAAAAUCUUUACAAAAA